UUUCAGCUAUUUGAGGAAUGCCGCGAUGAGUCGUUUGCCUCUCGUGUAAUUACAGAUACUUGAUAUGUGUUAUCCCGUGGAUUCAAAAGGACACACUGGGGGCUUAAUGUCACGGAGAGCAAAUUCGCUGUACACCCUUUGACCUUAUUAUUCUAAAAUACUUACGAACACAAUUUAUAUUUUCAUAAAUUGGAUUUACCGAUAGGAGACAUGAACUGGAAAGAGGGCGCUCUAGUCUUGGUCGUGUUGUGUUUCCUCGGAAUAGAACUGACGACAUCCUGCAAAUGUCCAGGUCCUGAACACCCUCAAUGGCUCUACUGCAAGUCUGAUAUAGUUAUCAAAGCAUACAUCACCAACAUUACUAGAGUAUUUUCAACACAGGUUCCUGGACGCCCAAUCGGAAAUCACAUCCAUGUUCACAUCUACCAAAAGUUUAAGGGUGAGAGAAAAUUUAGAAACAUUGACCACACGAAGAUAUACACCCCACUUGGAUGCAACAUAAGACCUCGGAUCGGAAGGAAGUACAUAAUGAUGGGUGUAAUUUUUCAGAACGAGAUGAGAAUGACGAAGUGUAAUUGGAUGCAGAUGACGCAAACAUUGACUGACGUGCAACAACUGGGACUGCGGAAGCUCUACAAAAGGAACUGUCGCUGCAUCGCGGAUAUUGGAACAGACAGUCCCUAUCAUUUAAGUCCAAAGGACCCAGGUUUUCGCGGAUGCACAACAAGAAAAUCAAAAGUGUUUGACGUAGAUUGCUUCGUAAAUCACGCGGUGUGCGUCUCCCGUUCAAAAAAGUGCCAGUGGAAAGGAAAGUUCCGGAAAAAGCAACGAGGAAAGUGAUACUGUCAACAAUAUUGCAAAGAGAUACAACUCUCAGGGCAGCUUGUACAUACACAUUUGAGCUACUUAUUUUUGUAUUAUAUGAACAUGUUGGACUAAGACGAACUACAUCAUGGGAACUUACUUUUCACCAAAGCAGUGUUAAUACUUAUAUAUAAUUAUAUAUAUAAUAGUUUGGUAAAAAGAAAUAGAAGUGGUGUUCUCAUUUGAUGUCAUCCCCCGUAAUUUUUGCAAAUAUACAAUUAUGAUCAAUUCAUCUACACUGUGAACUAUCUACGAUAUUUUUAAAAUCCACGGUAAGUUUGGAUUUUGUUUUCGUUUAUAAAGAUGGUGCUGUAUAAAGUUUAUGUACACUAUAUAACCCCCCAGUAUCAUGAAUAUCAAUAAUCUAUUUAAACGAUGCUAUAUAGGUAUUAUAUGCAAAUACUUUUCUCAAUAUAUACAUGUGCAAAAUUA